AUGGCCUCAAAUGAUCGAAUUCCAGAUGCGGAAGUGGGCGUAACUCCCCCCGACGACAGGUGUCCGAUUGAAGAAGUGGCGCUGGUCGUCCCUGAAACCGACGACCCUACCAUUCCAGUCUUGACUUUCCGAGCAUGGUUUCUCGGAAUAACCUCUUGCAUCAUCCUCAUCAUUCUCAACACUUUCUUCACCUUCAGAACUCAACCACUCACCAUCUCUGCCAUUCUUAUGCAAAUUGCGGUUCUUCCAAUCGGAAAGCUCAUGGCCGCAAUUCUUCCAACGAAGGACUAUAAUUUUAUUGGAUGGCAUUUUACCUUGAACCCUGGCCCCUUUAACAUGAAGGAGCACGUUAUUAUAACUAUUUUUGCCAACUGUGGUGUUUCUCAGGGUAAUGGUGAUGCUUACUCCAUCGGUGCCAUCACUAUCAUGAAAGCUUAUUACAAGCAAUCUCUUAGUUUUCUCCUUGCUCUCUUUAUCGUCUUAAGCACCCAGAUAAUGGGGUAUGGAUGGGCUGGGAUUCUGAGGAGGUAUCUGGUGAACCCUGUUGGAAUGUGGUGGCCAUCUAACCUUGCACAAGUCUCUCUCUUUAGGGCACUCCAUGAAAAAGAGAAUAAAGCAGCAAAAGGCUUUACGAGGAUGCAGUUUUUCCUCAUUGCCAUGGGUGUAAGCUUCCUGUAUUAUGCACUCCCCGGAUAUCUUUUCAGCGUCUUAACAUUCUUCUCAUGGGUUUGCUACGCGUGGCCGCAUAGUAUCACAGCGCAGCAAAUUGGAUCGGGUUACCAUGGACUUGGAAUUGGGGCAUUCAGUUUUGAUUGGGCUGGGAUUUCAGCUUAUCAUGGAAGCCCUCUUGUUGCACCAUGGUCAUCCAUUGUUAAUCUUGGGGUUGGAUUUAUCAUGGUCAUCUAUAUAAUUCUACCCAUAUGUUACUGGAAGUUUAACACCUUUGAUGCUAGGAAGUUUCCUAUAUUUUCUAAUAAGCUGUUCACCCACAAUGGACAAAAAUAUGACACUACUAAGAUCUUAACCAAGGAUUAUGAUCUUAACAUUGAUGCAUACAACAAAUAUGGCAAGUUGUACCUUAGUCCUCUCUUCGCAUUAUCUAUUGCAUCAGGUUUCGCAAGAUUAACUGCAACCCUCACUCAUGUAGCAUUGUUCCAUGGCAGAGACAUAUUGAGACAGAGCAAAUCAGCAAUGGGUAACGCCGCAAAAUUGGAUGUGCAUGGUAGACUGAUGAAGGCUUAUAAGCAAGUGCCAGAAUGGUGGUUCCUCAUUUUAUUGUUUGGUAGCAUGGCACUAUCGAUAUUAAUAACUUUAGUGUGGAAAAAGGAUGUGCAACUUCCAUGGUGGGGUAUGAUAUUUGCUUUUGUCUUAGCUUUUGUUGUAACCCUCCCAAUUGGUGUCAUUCAAGCAACUACCAACCAGCGAACUGGAUAUGACAUUAUAGCACAGUUCAUGAUCGGAUAUAUCCUUCCUGGAAAACCAAUUGCAAAUUUGCUCUUUAAGAUUUAUGGGAGAAUCAGCACCGUCCAUGCUCUAUCUUUCUUGUCAGAUCUCAAACUUGGACACUACAUGAAAAUUCCCCCACGAUGCAUGUAUACAGCACAGUUGGUGGGAACUCUAGUUGCUGGAGUGGUGAACCUUGCAGUGGCUUGGUGGAUGUUGGAUAACAUUAAGGACAUUUGCAUGGAUGAUGAAGCUCACCAUGACAGUCCUUGGACUUGCCCUAAAUACAGAGUGACAUUCGAUGCAUCUGUUAUAUGGGGUUUGAUCGGACCGAGGCGGCUAUUUGGACCUGGUGGAUUGUACCGAAACCUAGUAUGGUUAUUCUUGAUUGGAGCUGUGUUGCCAGUUCCUGUUUGGGUGUUCAGCAAAAUCUACCCUGACAAGAAAUGGAUUCGUCUGAUAAACAUACCAGUUAUAUCUUAUGGUUUCUCUGGAAUGCCGCCUGCAACUCCUACUAACGUUGCCAGUUGGCUAUUGACUGGAAUGAUCUUCAACUACUUUGUGUUCCGCUUCCACAAACGCUGGUGGCAGAAAUAUAAUUAUGUUUUAUCUGCGGCACUUGAUGCAGGCACAGCUUUUAUGGGUGUCUUGAUAUUUUUUGCUCUGCAAAAUGCAGGCCAUAGUCUCAAAUGGUGGGGAACUGAAUUGGACCAUUGCCCAUUGGCUACUUGCCCAACUGCACCGGGAAUUGUGGUUGACGGUUGUCCUGUGUUCUAAUAGAGAAUCCUAAUUGAUUGAUUUGAGCUUUCUCUUUUUGAUUAGUUUUUGUUUUUAGGGCUGGGGAUCAAGUUAGGGUUGGAGUAUUCAUAUGCUUUUUUGUUUGUAGUGGCACAUUUGAAUGAUAAAUUCUCU